ACUAUUUUUGUGAAGACCCACCCACACUAUGUACAACUGAGUGUCAUGUCAGACAACAAGACAGCCAAAGCAUAGAGGUCAAGCUAGAUUUAUCGCCAGUCUGCUGCUUUGCUAUUCGAUGAAAGCACCCUAUUAAACAGCAUCGUAAAAUGGCUGACAGUCCUGGCCCUCCAUGCUCUCCAACGCAGGAGAUUCUGGAUAUCCGUGAGAUGAUUCGCAGCACUCAGACACAGCUGGAUGAGAUAGGAACCAUGUUCCCCGAGAAUAGACCAUCAAUAGUUGUCGAGGAGGAGAAUGAGCUGUACGCACAGUUAGAAGAGUAUCAUCUGAAGGAGAAAUACCUGCUAGCCGUCAACGAGGGGCGUGUCAACAAUGGGGAGGGGCUAGACCACUCUCCAGAGCUUCUCACACCAUCUCCAACUGUCAAGAGUCCGCCUGGGAGCAGAUACUCUCUCCACCUGCCUGUAGACCAACCUCCUGACCACAGACUCCUCACAGCGUCCCAAUCUUACGCCCCACCCCCGACCUUUGACCCCCACUCGAUUGAAGACUCUCAGGGCAUAUCUAAGAGUUUGAUAAAGGUCAACCUUCCUGACAAACAGAGAACCAUGGUGAACGUAAAGCCAGACCAAAAUAUCCGACAGGCUCUCAUGAAAGCUAUGAAAACUCGAUUCCUCUCCACUGCUCAGUGUGUGGUCUAUGUUCUCCAAAAAGACGGCAAGCUGCUCAUUGAUUGGGCAGCGCCUACUACUGUACUGGGAGGGCAAGAGAUUCAGGUUGCGUACAAGAACAACCUGAAACAGAGCACCAUGGCUACCAACCAUCACAAAUUUGUAAGACGGACAUUCCUGGCCUGGCAGUACUGUGACGUGUGCAAGAAGCACCUCUUCCAGGGGUUCAAGUGUGAUGUGUGUGGGUUUCGCUACCACCAGCGAUGCAGUCCCAAAGUGCCCAUCAGGUGUACCUAUGUCGACGAUGACCUACUCUAUCUACGUAUCCUAUCUGGUCAGAAUCCCCCGGCAGCAGUGCUCCCCUCGUCCGUUCCCCACACUCCUUUAUUAGCCUCGCCCUACUCUGCCCUGUUAUCUGGGACAAUGGAGCCACUACGAUCCGAUAGCCCCCCUGACACCACUUUCACACCAGCACCACUGGGACCUUUGAGGCGAGUAUCUAGAGAGCGUUCGACCUCCACCCCCUCAGCCAUAAACCCUAUCUCAGUUGGACGAUCUCAGAGCGAGGAUGCUCGAUUCUCACGCAGUCAAUCACCCCACUCGCGGAACACUGGCUCCGUUACACCCAACUCCGCCCUUCUAGAUGCUACCGGAGUGUCGGUGUUGAGUCCAGACUCUGGAGUAUACUCGGUGGAGAGUACUGGAGACACCCACCACAUACACACCAGUAAUCGUGUUCAUUCCUUGGGCUCUCGUGGUAUGGUCAAGUAUGCGUCCACUUCCUCCACGUCUCUCGACCAUAACUCUGUACUCACCGUUGAGGGAGGGAGACCACGCCGACACAAGAGGGGGGCUAGUAGUGGUAGUCUGGACCACCUGAAAGCCCUGAGCUGUACUGAUGAGCGUGCUGAGAGAAGGAGCUCAGUGGAGGGACGCCAUCAGAGGAUAGAGAGGAAAGGAUCUGGCAAUGCUGAGAAGUGCCUGGACAAGGCAAAGCGUUCCUCUCUAGAGAGGCGCAGUUCAUCUGGUGACCGCCUCUCCAUCACCCCUGACAACGUUAUUUCGAGCCCUGGUGUAGCCAGUAGCUCGGGUGUAGCCAGUAGCCCGAGUCUAUUGAAGACUCAUCUUCAACCAUACGCAGCCUCUAGUAUGGACGUCACCACCACGGGUAGACACAAGGGAGGACGACGGGUCAAUGGGGCCACUAGUUACGAUAGCAGUACGCUACCAUUACGGAGAUCACGGAACAGAGUGUCUAUGGAGGACAAAACCAAAAAGAAAAACAAUCGAGACAGUACUGAUGUGUGGGAGAUCCCCUUCCAAGAAAUAGAGAUAGGAGACAAGAUCGGCUCAGGGUCCUUUGGGACUGUCUACAAGGGGAAAUGGCAUGGUCAUGUGGCAGUGAAGAAGCUCAACGUGACUAACCCCACAGAGCAACAGUUGCAGGCGUUCAAAAACGAAGUGGGAGUGCUAAGAAAAACUCGUCAUGCCAAUGUGCUCUUGUUCAUGGGUUGGACGUCAAUGCCUGAGAUCACCAUAGUAACACAGUGGUGUGAUGGGUCUACACUAUACAGACAUUUGCACGUUGCGGAGACCAAGUUUGAAAUGUACCAGCUGGUGGACAUUGCACGACAGACAGCACAGGGAGUCGAUUACCUCCAUGCUAAGAAGAUCAUCCACAGAGACCUCAAAUCAAACAACAUUUUCCUGCACGACGAUUACACGGUUAAGAUCGGAGACUUUGGUCUGGCCACUGUGAAGACCCAUUGGAACGAUAGAGGGGAGAAAAUGAGACAGCCCACUGGAAGCAUUCUUUGGAUGGCCCCUGAGGUGAUUCGGAUGCAGGAGCCUGACCCGUACAGUGCAUACUGUGACGUGUACUCAUUUGGAGUUGUCAUCUACGAGCUGAUAUCGGGGCUGCUCCCCUACUCACACAUGCCUCUCAGAGACCAGAUUUUGUUCAUGGUUGGCUGUGGGUUCGUCAAACCUGAACCCAACGAUGCUAGAAAAGACACUCCGAAAUCAUUCAAACAACUGAUGAUAAAAUGCUGUCAGUUUAAGAAAGAGGAAAGACCGCUAUUCCCACAGAUAAUGGUGGAUCUAAUGGAUCUCGCCGACAACAUGCCCAAAAUCAAGCGAAGCAAUUCGGAACCCUACAGUUUGCACUAUACCCACAACCCUCUCGAGGAUAACUAUUUGAACUCACCACACACACCGCCCCCCGUACAAACUACAACAGAUGCUGGUCAAUUGCUUCAUCACUUCAACUCGGAAACAUAGGGCCUAUAUAUUGAACAGUGGAUAUGCUUUUUUAGCAAUCUAUAAUUAUAGAGACCCAAUCGAUCGAAUUAUACGUACACGUGUGCGUACAUUCUGUAAUAUUGAUGUCAUAGGUUUGUGCUUUACGUGUAAUUAUUUCUUGUCUGUGUUAUAUACGCACUGUGGUCCAUCUAGAUAUAAUUUUUUUUUAUUCAGAGAGAGAUGUUUAUUUAUCAGGACUGCUAAUUUUUGUCAAUUGUACAGAAUUAUAAAUUAUAAUAGCGACUGUUAUGAAUAAUUAUUAUUGUCAACAA